AUGUUUAUUGGUGCUAAUUUAUACGGAAAAGAUUUAAAUAAAAAAUCUGAGAAUAAAAUACCUGAAGCUUUUGGAGUAGUGACAGGAUGUACAUUUCUGAUCACAAUCUUUGUAUUGAUACCUGUUAUAUUUGGACGGCACAUGCUACAGAAUGAUACAACUCUAUUUCCACACAGUGAAUUUGUAGAAAUGCUAGCUGCUUUGUUGUCAAUUUGCUGUAUGCUUCUAUUGGGAUUUGCAGAUGAUGUUCUGAACUUACGAUGGCGACAUAAACUAUUAUUACCAACUAUUGCUUCUUUACCUUUACUUGUUGUUUAUUACAUAAAUUUCAACUCUACUACAAUUAUUAUACCUAAACCUUUCAGAGAUAUUUUUGGAGUAUCUGUAAACUUAGGUUUACUCUACUAUGUGUACAUGGGUAUGCUAGCUGUAUUUUGUACAAAUGCUAUUAAUAUAUUAGCCGGAAUAAAUGGUUUGGAAACUGGACAGAGUCUCAUUAUUGCAAUAUCAAUUUUAAUUUUCAAUUUUAUUGAACUAUCUGGAGAUUGUGGUCAAGCACAUUUAUUUUCAUUGCAUUUUAUAAUACCGUUUAUAUCUGUUACUUUUGCCUUAUUAAAAUAUAAUUGGUAUCCUUCUGAGGUGUUUGUUGGUGAUACUUAUUGUUAUUUCGCUGGUAUGACUUUUGCAGUAGUUGGAAUUCUUGGUCAUUUUAGCAAAACCAUGUUAUUGUUUUUCCUACCACAAAUAUUCAAUUUUUUGUACUCAAUUCCCCAGCUAUUCCAUUUCAUAAACUGUCCAAGGCAUCGUAUUCCAAGAUUGGACAAAUAUGGAACACUAUCACCAAGUUAUGCUGAGUGCAAUAAUAAUAAAAUUUCACCCAUUGGAAAAAUGUGUUUGAAAGUAUUUUCAAUUUUUAAUAUUAUUCAUAUUGAAGAGAAACCUGAUGAAAUUAUUAAAUGUAAUAAUCUAACACUUAUUAAUCUAUGUUUACUUAAAAUGGGACCAACUAAUGAGAAAACAUUGACUAUAACAUUGUUAAUCGUUCAACUUGUUUGCAGUUUAUUUGCAUUUAUUAUACGUUACCCAUUAGCAUCAUUAUUUUAUGAUGUCUAA